UGCGACACCAGUUCUGCUUGCUGAGUUUGCUCUGGCCACCCCGCUGCCCUCUCCUCUCCUGCUCCUGCUCGCCACUCUCCCCUCGCCCCUCCUCCGCAUGCACUUUGGCGCACAGGGCAGCGUGGCCCGAGGCGCGCUGCCUGGGCCUACCCUUGCUGAGGCCCGCCGCCACGGCGACGUCGCCCCCCGGAACCGCGGCGCCCCGAUGGCACGAUGGCUGGCCCGGUGAGCCCAGCGCCGCCCCCAGCUGCGGUCGAGGGUGCGGGGGGGCCAGCGCGCCCAGCGCUCCAGGGACUCGCGGCGCACAGCUCGGCGGAGGAGGCCGGGGAGGGCGCCCCGAGCCGAGGCCUCGCAGGCGGGCCUGGGCCCUGGGCCUCGGCUUCCGCCUCGGGCAGGCCGCCCUCGGAGGAGGCCCCAGCCCCGGAGCCCGCCGCCCCCGCGCCGCGCCGGAGGCGGGGCGCACACUGGUGCCGCCGCCUGCUCGCCCUGGUCCGGCCGCAGGGCCGCGCGAAGAGCCGCCAGCGCCAGCGGCUGAGGUCCGUGGUGCCCAGCCCGGGCCCCCCGUGGCCGCCGCCGCAGGCGCCGUGGCAGCGGCCCUCGGCGCCCUCCGGAGCGCAGGCCUCCCCAGCAGCCCCGUGCGCCGCCAGCGGGGGCGGCGGCUCCGCGCCAGCCGCGGAGGACGUCCUCGCCCCCGACGACGGCAAGCCGCGGCCCGCGCCCUGGCGGCCAGACGCGGGCGCGCCAGCGCGCGGCCGCGAGGCGUGCCGCAGGCGGGCGGCGUCGGAGCGAGAGAGGGCGCGGGCUGCCGCCCUGCACCGUCGAGGGUCCAGCGGGAGCCUUGCGGGCGGUGCAGGGGUCCUGGCGAGCAGGCCCGGCCGCGCUAUGAGUCCGGCGGUGGAGGGGGCUCGGGUGGAGCCACGGUGUGGGCAGCUCAGCCUCGCACCGGCGGCCGCGCAGCAGGUGGAGCUGCGGCUCGGGGGGCAGGGCCGCCAGCUGGAGCAGCGGGAGGGGCAGCUGGGCCCGCAGGCUGGCCCGAACGUGGGGCGGAAGACCCUGGUUGUUGAUCUGGACGAGACCCUUGUGCACAGCUCGUUCAUAGACCACGGCAGCUCGAACCUGAUUGUCCACGUGGAGAUCGAGGGUGAGGUGCACCCCGUCUACGUGGGGAAGCGGCCAGGAGUGGACGAGUUCCUCGAGAAGAUGACGCAGCUGUAUGAGGUCGUUGUGUACACUGCAGCCACGUCCAAGUACGCUAACGCCGUGCUGGAUGAGCUGGACCCAUACGGAAUGCUCGCCUUCCGGCUCUUCCGCGAGGCCUGUACGCCUUCGCCCUUUGGGUACGUGAAGGACCUGUCUAAGCUCGGCCGGGAACUGUCGAACAUAAUCAUCAUAGACAAUUCGCCGGUGUGCUACUCGAUGCAGCCCGAGAACGCGAUACCGAUCCAGACCUGGAGGAGCAACCCCUCGGACACAGAGCUGUUGGAUUUGAUGCCCAUAUUGUGGGCCCUGUCGACUGUUGAGAACAUUCCAGACAUCAUCCGACAUGUAUUGCUCGGCGUCAAAGGCGACGAGUGCGAGGGCACCCCUGCGAAAGGGACGGUCACACGCGGCUCGAUCCGCUGUUGAGCAGUGGUGGCCCUCCUCCCCGUCCUCACGGCGAGUUGUGCCGCGUGCGCUCCUCCUCCCGUUUUUGUUUCAUUUGCGAGGCGGGCCGCUGCUGCGACGGAGCCGACCGAUGGGGUGGGGCGGGGCG